GCGAGGAGGCGCGGGGCAGCCAGGCCAGCUUCAUGCAGCGGCAGUUCGGCGCCCUGCUGCAGCCCGGCGUCAACAAGUUCUCGCUGCGGAUGUUCGGCUCGCAGAAGGCGGUGGAGCGCGAGCAGGAGCGCGUCAAGUCGGCCGGAGCCUGGAUCAUCCACCCCUACAGCGACUUCAGGUUUUACUGGGAUUUCACAAUGCUGCUGUUCAUGGUGGGCAACCUGAUCAUCAUCCCCGUGGGCAUCACCUUCUUCAAGGAGGAGACCACGGCGCCCUGGAUCGUCUUCAACGUGGUGUCGGACACCUUCUUCCUCAUGGACCUGGUGCUGAACUUCCGGACGGGCAUUGUCAUCGAGGACAACACGGACAUCAUCCUGGACCCCGAGCGCAUCAAGAAGAAGUACCUCAAGACCUGGUUCGUGGUGGACUUUGUCUCCUCCAUCCCCGUGGAUUACAUCUUCCUCAUCGUGGAGAAGGGCAUCGACUCGGAGGUCUACAAGACGGCCCGCGCCCUCCGCAUCGUCCGCUUCACCAAGAUCCUCAGCCUCCUGCGGCUGCUUCGCCUCUCCCGCCUCAUCCGCUACAUCCACCAGUGGGAAGAGAUCUUCCACAUGACCUACGACCUGGCGAGCGCCGUGAUGCGCAUCAUCAACCUCAUCGGCAUGAUGCUGCUGCUGUGCCACUGGGACGGCUGCCUCCAGUUCCUGGUGCCCAUGCUGCAGGACUUCCCCAGCAACUGCUGGGUCUCCAUCAACGGCAUGGUGAACAACUCAUGGAGCGAGCUCUACUCCUUUGCGCUCUUCAAGUCCAUGAGCCACAUGCUGUGCAUCGGCUACGGGAAGCAGGCGCCCGAGAGCAUGACUGACAUCUGGCUCACCAUGCUCAGCAUGAUCGUGGGCGCCACCUGCUACGCCAUGUUCAUCGGCCACGCUACCGCCCUCAUCCAGUCGCUGGACUCCUCGCGGCGCCAGUACCAGGAGAAGUACAAGCAGGUGGAGCAGUACAUGUCCUUCCACAAGCUGCCGGCCGACUUCCGCCAGAAGAUCCACGACUACUAUGAGCAUCGCUACCAGGGCAAGAUGUUCGACGAAGACAGCAUCUUAGGCGAGCUCAACGAGCCUCUGCGAGAGGAGAUCGUGAACUUCAACUGCCGCAAGCUGGUGGCCUCCAUGCCCCUCUUUGCCAACGCCGACCCCAACUUCGUCACGGCCAUGCUCACCAAGCUCAAGUUCGAGGUCUUCCAGCCGGGCGACUACAUCAUCCGCGAGGGCACCAUCGGCAAGAAGAUGUACUUCAUCCAGCACGGCGUCGUCAGCGUCCUCACCAAGGGCAACAAGGAGAUGAAGCUCUCGGACGGCUCCUACUUCGGGGAGAUCUGCCUGCUGACGCGGGGCCGCCGCACAGCCAGCGUCCGCGCCGACACCUACUGCCGCCUCUACUCGCUCUCGGUGGACAACUUCAACGAGGUGCUGGAGGAGUAUCCCAUGAUGCGGCGCGCCUUCGAGACCGUUGCCAUCGACCGCCUGGACCGCAUUGGCACGAAGAACACGAUCCUGCUCCACAAAGUGCAGCACGACCUCAACUCGGGCGUCUUCAACAACCAGGAGAACGAGAUCAUCCAGGAGAUCGUCAAGUACGACCGGGAGAUGGUGCAGCAGGCAGGGCUGCAGCAGCCGACCGCCCUCUACACGCCCGUGCAGCCCCAGGUCACCUCCGCCAUCGCCACCCUGCAGCAGGCCGUGGCCAUGAGCUUCUGCCCGCAGAUGGCCAGCCCCUUGGUGGGCUCCGUGGCCCUCGGCUCGCCCCGCAUGAUGCGGCGCCUGCAGUAUGCCCAAGCCAUGCCCGGCCCCUUCUCCAUGUCGCCCAUGCUGCUCGCCCGGAAGGAUUCGGUGGCCAGCGCCACUGACACGGACCCAGCCAAAUCCCGGCUCUCGUCCAACUUGUGA